AUGCAGGCACCGUUAUCGUUCACCGGGUCCUUGCCGCACGAAAACGCCAAAGCUGUUGCCAAGGUCUGCAUGAGCGGCCAGGAACGUGUCGAUUCACAAGCAGCUGAUAACUACCCCCAAAGAAAAUGCUGCUCUGCCGACCCUGGAUGCGCUGCUUAUCAGCUGACAGCCAAGUACGACACGCUUCUCCUCCCCACCUUCAACCUAUGCGCAUCCCAUACCCAUGGUUCUGGUCGCGACGUGUCACUGAGGCCUCCAACUUUGAGCCUGACUGGCACGUGCGAAGACGCUCUCGUGCGCUAUGUCCCUUGA